AUGGACAACGUAGCCCGACAAGUUCAGAAAGCGCUACCGGAAGCGGGUUUGGGUCAUCGUCGACUCACACCUCAUUCUUUUCGCGGUGGAACGGCCACUUCUGCUAUCCGGCGUGGAAUCGACUCAGAAAGAGUUAUGCUGGCCGGCAGAUGGAAAUUCUUCGCAGCCUUUCAAGCGUAUGUCGAUCCAUCUCCUGUAUAG